CUGUUCGCAUGGGAAAAGCUCCCAACUGCCACACUGGCGGAAUCCAGGGACGUGUGUUCCGUCGGUGGUCUACUGGACACAGUGCCACAGUGCGUAAAAGAACUGAGCUGUCGCAAAGCAUCAAAAUCACCCGACGUUGCACAGGAUUUGGGGGGAGGGUCUUCAUUUGGGGGCUUGAGUUCAUUUUCACCGCUGAACGAUCUACUACCUUGGUGCAGUGAUGUGAUAAAAUGGCAGUUUUGAUGUUGCUGAGGUUUUGGUAGAGUGAGUGGUGAGUGAGUGAGUUUCUUGGCCUAGACAUUUCUACACCAACCCUACCCACAGCGGAUCCGAUCCGGCCCCGCCCUGUCGCUUUGCCCGAAUAUUGGAACGGUUCGAGAAACGGUCACAAGGACGUUCUUGGUUCACCACAGCACAGCUUCAAGCCCAGCCGCCUCAAGCCUCAACUCCAGCCUGAAAUAUUGUUUCCUCACACCUUUUGACAAUCUGACAUCUCAGUUUAGCCCCUUUCUCCUGACUCGGCAAAACCCCCUUUUCUGGUCCUUUAGAUUGGCGGUCAAUUUCUGAAGCUACAGAGCACACCGUGCAUGUUUUGUUCAGUAAACGGUACCCGCCUCACCUCACAACAACCCCCUCCCCUUUUUGGGAGCAACAACAACAACUUCCAGAAAAUGCUACGCACAAUCUCAACGCUUUUCCUGGAACCCCCACCACCACUACCACCCGGCGUGGUGAUCAACACCAUCGAUAAUGUCCUUAUUCCACUGUCAGAGGCGCAUUUACACAGUCAUUCUUACCGGUCAAGACUCACGUCCACGGAUGACACCGCUGAGGAUACUCAAAAAGAUGAUGAUGGUCACGAUGAUGAUGAUGAUGAUGAUGAUGAUGACCUAGAGGGUGGUGGUGGUCGUGAUGAAGGAACAGGCAUGUUACUCCGACGAAGCAGCUCUUCUGGGGAACUACUGGGCAUGACGGCUGCUGAGAGGGAUUACACGAUUGGGAGCUUGAGACGUGAGGUCAGGGCUGGUGGUGGGAAAAGGACGGCAGCUGGGAGGGGGGAAUAUGAGACUAUACAGGACAUCGGGAUGGGGAGGUACAACUGGCAGUUGUUUGUGCUCUGUGGGUUUGGGUGGUUUGCUGAUAAUUUAUGGAUGCAGGGGAUCGCCCUCACCCUCCCCUCCCUCUCUGCCGAGUUUGGUGUUUCUGAAGCCGACAUCCGGUACACCACCUCCUCCCUCUUCAUCGGCCUCUGCCUAGGCAGCUUCGUCUGGGGGAUUGGGUCCGACAUCAUCGGCCGCCGCAUCGCCUUCAACGCCACGCUUCUCAUCACCUCCCUCUUUGGCAUCGCCUCGGCCUGGGCACCGACCUGGCCGGCCGUCUGCUUGACGUAUGCGGCCCUCGGUUUCGGGGUAGGGGGUAACCUCCCUGUCGACGGCGCUCUAUUUCUCGAAUUCCUCCCCGACGCCUCAAGCUCGCUGUUGACCCUGCUGUCCGUCUGGUGGCCAAUAGGCCAGCUAUUCUCCUCGAUAGCCGCCUGGUUUUUUAUUGCUCACUGGCCUGUCGACGAGGGGUGGCGGUGCUUUGUUUUUAGCAUCGGGGUCAUCACCUUUGGCAUGUUUGUCACGAGAUUCUUCAUUUUCGACCUGUUGGAAUCACCCAAGUUUUUGCUCUCUGAGGGGAGACAAGGGGAAGCGGUGAAGGUGGUGCAUGGGAUUGCGUUUCGGAAUGGGAGGAAGACGUGGUUGACGGAGGAGCUUUUGGAUGCUGUUGCUGAUGACGGCCACCGCGGGUCAACCGGCCAUCCUCACCAACCACGCCGACUGUCAACGCUCGCGAUAGUCAGAUCCCACCUCCUCUCCGCCUCCCGUCUCAAACCAUUGUUUGCAACCCGCCGCUUGGGCGCAACGACAUGCCUGAUCUGGCUCACCUGGGCGACGAUAGGGAUGGGAUACCCGUUGUUUAAUGCGUUUUUACCGCAGUAUCUAUCCCACUCUUCACCGGACUCAUCAUCAUCAUCAUCAUCAUCAUCAGUGUACACAUCCAUAAUCCUCUACUCCCUCACCGGCAUCCCGGGGUCUGUACUGGCUUACCACCUCGUUGACUCCCCUCUCCCGUUCCUCGGUGGACGGAAAGGGACACUGGCGACCUCAACGCUCGUGUCGGCGGUGGGUCUGUUCGCGUUUGUUUGGUGGGGGAGAAACGAGGUGUUAAGGGUGGUGUUUAGCUGCGUGGAGGCUUUUAGUCAGAAUAUCAUGUAUGGGGUGCUGUAUGCGUACACCCCGGAGAUAUUCCCCGCGCCGGUGAGGGGAUCGGCGGUGGGGGUGGCUAGUUUUUUGAAUAGGGUCAUGGGCUUGCUAGCGCCGGUUGUGGCGGCGAGGAUGGGGAGUGAUGGAGAGAAAGGGAAUGACGGGCCGGUGAUGAUGGCGGGGGUUUUGAUACUGGCUGCUUUUGGGGCCGUGGCUGGGUUGAGGGUUGAGACUAGGGGUGGUCAGAGGCUGUGA